CUUUAAUCUGAUUUAGAAAAUAUGAUUUUAAUAAAUAUUUAUGAAGUGAAUUAUUCAUAAAAAUAUUAAUAGAACAUGAAUGAUUUGAAUUUUAUUGAAUAGACACAUGAUGGAAAUUAUGUUUUUGGUUGAGUUGGCAACUGAAGACUUAGUAGUAGGGUGGCAGAUAUCACUUAGUCAGUAUGCUGGAAGAGUGGGAGUAGGACACACUACACACCUGCUCUCUCCAUCUUGUACUGUAAGGUCUCAGAGUUUGUUAGCAGUAGGUGGAGGUGCCAGCUUGGCAUCAUUCUCAAGGAGUCUAGUCAUGGCUUCAGAGUCGGCCUUCUACAACUUCAGUGCUGUUGAUAUUGAUGGCAAUGAAGUUUCAAUGGAAAAGUACAAGGGCAAUCCUUGCAUUGUAGUCAACGUGGCUAGCAAGUGAGGCUUGACCAGCGUGAACUACACCGAACUGGUGCAGCUUCACGAGAAGUAUGAAGCCAAUGGCCUGCGCAUCCUUGCCUUCCCCUGCAACCAAUUUGGAGGCCAGGAGCCCGGUACUGAGGCUGAAAUCAAGAAGUUUGCCGAAGGGUAUGGAGUAAAAUUCGACAUGUUUUCCAAAAUCAAGGUGAAUGGGGAUGACGCCCACCCGUUGUGGAAGUUCCUGAAGUCGAAACAGGGGGGCACACUCGGCAAUUUUAUUAAGUGGAACUUCACCAAAUUCCUUGUUGACAAAGAAGGAAACCCAGUAGCUCGCUAUUCGCCACAAACGAAUCCAAUUCCAGCCAUUGAAAAAGACCUCCAAAAAUAUAUGUAAGACUCAAGCAACCAAGAAUAAAUGAUGUGAGAAGGGUGAUGGAUAUCAUGCAGGGAUUAUCUCUCGUCCUUUGAUCAUCAUGUGCAAGUAAGAUGGGCAACAGAUUCGAUAAGAUGUGCAAUGAAGGUUAACGGGUAAACUCAAAUGUAUGAGCCCUGUAUACUGGAUGAUACUAUAUCUCAUUUCCUCUGUUGCAUUUCUUACCUCUAAUAUAAUGAAAAACAACGUUGCUUAAGAGUGCCAUGUCAGUUCUUUGUAUUUUUUAGUAGUGGUUGUAACAAUAAUGCAGCUAACAUUGUGCCAGUAAUUAAAUACUUGCUUACAUAUCUAGUCUGAUAAUAUCAGGUAAAUAUCUUUAGUGCUCAAGCUCAUCCUUUAUGUAAAGGAUAUCAUCCUUCAGAUGCUACCUUAUUCCUACUUGUGAAAAGAAUCUCAAUAGAUGUACACCAAGGACUUAGGGGAGUAAUUUAUGUUCCUCAAGUUUAUAUGAUUAAUGUGAGGAAAAUUUGAGAAUCCUUUUUGUCAUAUACUAGAAUUUUUGUGGAAAACAGCAUUGCAUUAAAGCAAAAAAUAAAGUUGCUGAAGUGGAAAGUAAGUGGAACAUGGAGCUUUCGCAUUGACAAUAUAUACUGUUAUUUUCUUAUAAUAGAGAUUUACAUGCAAAGUGAACAAAACAGUGACUGUAAGUAAGUAUUCUUAUUCAAAUGUUCUGCAAACUGUAGGGAAGAGAUCACUAUAUCAUCCAUUUUAUUACUUUUGCAAAUGUAGUGAAAGAAGGAAUGCAAUCUAAUGUGAUCCACUGUAGAAGUUUUUGAAUCAGCACAACAGGUGGAAUGAAGGGAAUGGUAUAUGUGAGUAGUAAAUUAGAUAUGAAGCUAAAAUCAAGAAACUAUUUUGGUAUUUUCCAAACUUAAGCUAUGGAUAUUAGCAGAGAGUUUAUGUUAAUUAGGUAGGGGAAAACUCGGUCCUAAUUCAUUGGUAUAUUUGACUAAAGAGGAAAUAGUAAUAUAGGAAAAAACAGUUGUAUACACUCAUUUGUUUUCAAAGAAAAUUAAUACUGUUAAGACUUAAAACUUCAAAUAAUAGGCAAAGUAUGAUAACUUUUAUACUGUUAUUUUAAAUUAAUGACAUGUAUGUAAGAUUUUGAAAGAAAAGAACAUGAAAUGUUUCAAAUUAUUGCACUUUCGGUUCACCAGUCUAGUUUUGCUUAACCCUUUUGUCCUUUAAAAGAAUUCAUUGCAUUCCUACAGCUAAGUAAAAUAUCCAUGACCAGUAAACUUCCUGUGAUGUUUUCAAGCUGAAGAACAAUGUUUUGUUGUAAUUAAUUGUUGCUAUAAUGUGCAAAAAAAUACACUAAAAAAAUCUU